GUUGAGUGCAUCCAAGCACAAUAUAGGUCAACAGUGGAAUGAAAUUCCCCCGUGACUUGCUUUAUUCUUUUCCAUUACUUUCACUUAGCAACAUAUAAGAACAUUAUUUGGCAACAUUGUAUCCUAACUCUGUAAACAUGUUGUUAGACACAUAGAAUGUGUCUGCAUUAAACUUACAUACUAAAUACAAUAAAUAUACUAAAAUACUAAAACAAAUAAAAGUACUAAUUCCCUAAAAUACUAAUUGCAUUAACAACUAAAAACUAACAGCGUGGCAACACCGCAUGGGUGGCAACGCUACGCAACAUACAGUUAGAUUUGACUACAGAUGUUCUGCAAAGCCAUUUUCGUCACAGCGUGCAGACCGAAAAACUUUUCAACAGAGAUUUUUAACGAGUUAUAAUUUAAUCUAAUGAUUGCGCUUAAAGGACGCGCUUUUCUAUGCGCCAGACGCCGCCAGCCAUGUGCAGGCCGCCACACAGGCGCCGACGCAUGCAUUUGCUGAUGCGCAAUAAGCCUCACGUAGGCAUUCGGCCGCCUCCAACGACGCCUCCGCUGGCUUAUUGAAUUGUGCUGCCGCUUCUCAUGGACACCACUAUGGAUACAGGAGUCACUGCAUAUAGGAGCGCCAUGCACAUAGUGUGCAUUUUGGAUUCCAUAGAGGCCACGCUCGGGCAGCCAAUUUGGACAUCUUCGAGGCCGGAGCAUGGCCGUUGACCAUUGCAGUUCCGUCUGCAGGGGCGCCCGCACUUGUUCCGCGUGUGCUGGGAGGCAGGUAUGGCUGCUGUACCAAACAUCAGAUGCCCAUAUAGCCCGGCCAUUGCCAGUGCCUCCUGGCCGAUACGCUGCUGCUGCCACUGCCACUUGUCAGGCAGCAGCUCAUCUUGGAGCGGCCCUUGCAGUCGCCUCCGAAUUGACGCCAUUCGGCGUCGAUUGUUGUUGCUGCUGCUCAUGCUCAUCCAUCAAUGGCGGCCCAGAUGGCCAAGGCUGCCCCUGCACAGGCACCAGCUGCAUUUGCAGCUCCUCAGGGGGGCCAGGCUCCAUCUGCUGCUGCAUCGUUGGACAUCUAUCAACCUGGCGCUCCACAAUGAGCCCAGGCAUAUCCAGUGGCAACUGCUCGGAAUUUGCCAUUAAUAUAUUUUGCCGCCGCCCAGGAAGCGGGUCAGGCUGCAGUUGCUGCUGCAUCGUUGGACAAGCAUUAUUAUUAUGCCGCCGCAAGGAAAGCGGGCCAGGCUCAGUCUCAGGCUGCACCGAUGGAUAAAUUUCAUUUUGCCGCCGCAAGGAAAGCGGGCCAGGCUGUACUAAAUGUACCAACGAGGGAGUCAUUUCCGCCUUCUUCUGCAGGUAAGUUGA